UGUCAAUUUAUAAAGUUGUAUGUACAUUGUUUAAAACCCAAUUAUUGGUGUCAACUUCAGCUAGAUAACAAGUUCACCAAUGUUCCCUGCAAUAAGAUAAUAUUAACUCGCGUGAUGGAGCUAACAUUAACUAGAUAAUGUCAGCUACUGUAGACAGUUAGCUAAAUUGUCUAGACUAGUUGAUUUUAGCUGUAGCUAGCUCUCUGACAUUGUUCACUAGCAAGGGGCUUAUCAAAAUAGGCUCAGCUACCUCUUCCAGACAAGCUUAGCUACCUUUCGCUAACUGACGUUAGGUAUUCCAGACAGGAAUCUGGUUAGCUAACGUAACUAGUUAGCUAACAUUGAAUAUGGCUCGUGCCAGCCAUUCGUGCAGAAGUUGAACCCCUGUUUUAGCGAAAACGUUUUAAAGUAACUAUGUCUGGUCUCACAUGCAUGCAGUAUUGCAAUUACAAAGCUAUUUAACUAUGGUAAACUGAAAUGCAAUAGCUGGUCAAGAGGUAGACGUUACAAAAGUCGUUCGUUGUGAAUCUAUUUUUGGAGUGUGUCAACCCCAAGUUAAUAAAUCAGUCCAAGAGAGAACAACAAAAUUAUAAUACACUGACUGCACCCAAAUAAUACUCGUGACCUGAUAGCUCAGAUCUGUUAGGGUUGUUGUUUACCAUGGUUGUUACUAUAAUACGUGUGAUUUGAUGUCCCUGCCUGGAAAGGACAGCUUUGGACAUAGGGAGUUUGGUUGAGCACCAUCCCACAAAAUAAUGAAGAAUACAGCACUCUGUCAGAAAACAAACUUUAAAUGACUAUUUGCAAACAUUCUUGUAUUUUACAGGUUCACAAUGACCAGAGGUCCAGCUGUAAACUAGCUUGCUUUCAAUCAUUGUUAAUCCUUGGAAUGGAGCAAAGGUUGACCUUCUCUCAUACAUACAGUAUGAAAAUGGCUGCAGGUAGCACUUUAACGCCAUGUUCAUCGUUGUUAAAGGUUUCUCUCUCACCCCCUCUGUAAUGUUUAACACUGGAUCCUUUGUGGAACUUGUAAGGGAGGAGUGCUAACAGGAAUCUCUACUCAUUGUCUGCUUAGAACAUCUGAAUUAGAGGUUUAGGCCCUACUCUCUGGUUUCUAUGAAAAUUCCUAUAGCAAGCCUCUUCACUAUAGCAAUACCACUUAGUCGUUUGAUACAGUCAGAGGUAGACUUGGGACUCCAGUGUCCACUGUCAGGCCACUACCAUGGUGGACAAAGACGCUAUGGUGAGUGGGGAUAGGGCUGUGGAGGAAGAGGCUGAACUGGACCUGAAGGAGAACACCCCUGGAGAGCCUGACCCUGAGAUGGCUUUUCCCCCACCUGAGGACUCCUCAGACGGCCAGACCAAGACAGCCCGGACCUGGGAGUUGUCGGUGGUGUUCCUGUGUUUCUAUGGGUUUAUGGUGCAGCUGAAGCCUGGGGAGCCCUUUAUAACACCAAACCUGCUCAGCAUGGAGAAGAACUUCACCAGGGAACAGGUGACCAAUGAGAUCAACCCGAUCCUGUCCUACUCCUACAUGGUGGUGCUGGUGCCAGUCUUCCUCCUGACAGACGUCCUGCGUUACAAGCCCGUCCUGGUCCUCUCCAGCCUCAGCCAUGUGGCCAUCUGGCUCCUUCUCCUCCUGGGCUCCUCCCUCUUAGAGAUGCAGUUCAUGGAGUUCUUCUACGGCAUCACCAUGGCAGCACGCGUGGCUUACUCCUCCUAUAUCUUCUCCCUGGUCACCCCAGAGCUCUACCAACGCGUGGCCAGCUACUCGCGCUCUUGCGUCCUCAUGGGGGUGUUUGCCAGCUCGGUGCUGGGCCAGGUGCUGAUAUCCGUGGGCAGGCUCUCCUUCGCCAUGCUCAGUGCUGUCUCCUUGGCCUUGGUGUCCUUCGGCUUGGUGCUCUCCUGCUGCCUGCCCUGGCCCAAGAGGUCCCUGUUCUUCAACAGGGCCCACCACGCUGCCCAGAGGAACCUCCAGGAGCAGGCUGCCGCCCAGUCAGAGCUGACCAGGAUGAAGCAGGGCGAAGCGGGCUUGGGUUCAGGUGAUACCCCUUCCCUGGCUCCUCUCAGCUCUGGUUCCUCCUGGAGAGACUCUGUGUUUAUUCAGAUGCUGAAGGAGCUGAGGAACGUGCCGCGGAGGCCCAGCCUGAGACUGUGGAGCCUGUGGUGGGUGUUCAACUCCGCUGGCUACUACCUGGUGCUGUUGUACGUCCAUGUCCUGUGGAACAAGGUGUACCCCGCCACGGAGAACAAACACGUCUACAACGGAGGGGUGGAGGCUGUCUCCACACUACUGGGUGCGAUCACGUCGUUUGCAGCAGGCUUCGUGAAGAUCCGCUGGAACGUGUGGUCUGAGCUGGUGAUCGGUGUCAUCACGGCUCUGCAGGCUGGCCUGCUGCUCCUCAUGGGGACCACCAGCAACAUCUGGGUCUGCUAUGUGGCCUACUCCCUCUUCAAGGGUUUCUACCAGUUCCUCGUGCCUAUCGCCAUUUUCCAGAUCGCCUCGUCGCUCACCAAGGAGCUGUGUGCCCUGGUGUUUGGGGUCAACACUUUCCUGGCGACCGUUCUGAAGACCAUCAUCACCCUCAUCGUCUCUGACAAGAAGGGUCUGGGACUAGACGUGCACUCCCAGUUCCUGGUCUACUUCUUCUACUUUGCCUUGCUGACGGUUAUCUACCUGGGCUGUGCUGCCUGGGUCAUCAAUCGCCACUACAGGAACCAAUCGGCAGGAGGGGGAGGGGACACCGACCAGGCCACGCCCACUGAGCUAUGUUCCGUACCAUCAAACCCCGCGGAGACGGAACCUCUGUCCAAUGGGAACAACGUGAAGGCCUGAAAGGGAUAUUCCGGAAUGUUGGCAAUGAAGCCCUUUAUCUACUUCUCCAGAGUCAGAUUAACUUGUGGAGACCAUUUUUAUGUAUCUGCAUGCAGUUUGAAGGAAUUUGCUAACUAGCGUUAGCCAAAAUUCUAACUGCCGUUAGCGUAAUGACUGGAAGUCUAUCGGAACAGCUAGCAUGCAAGUUGUUCCUGUAGACUACCAGUCAUUGCGCUAGCUAACGCUAGUUGGCAUUGGCUCGCUAAACUACCUCUAACUUCCUUCAUACUGGAUGCAGAGACAAAAAUGGUAUCCAUGAGUUCAUCUGACUGUGUGGAAGUAGAUAAAGGGUCUCAUUGCCAAAAUCCUCAACUAUCCCUUGAACAUUGUGUCAUCUUUACAUCAACACCUAAACCCCCUACACUGACAUUGAGUGGUCUAAACGGUCUGGGAAUCUCUCGCUACGGUUUCCACACGACUGCACAAGGACAGAUGAGACUUAGAGGUGAGUCGAGACCUCAUGACACUUCGUUGGAUGUGUUGGUGGAGUGUAGUUUACCAGUAUUAGUGAACAGUCACUGUUCUCAGCCCUUAGUGCCUUAUUCGGUGUAUUCAGUUCACCAAAAGGAUGUUAUUAUGGAAUACAUCUUUUUUUCUCAAUGUUUUUAAAGAAUUACAGGCAGGGCCCACCUACAUUACUACAAGAUAUUUAAAAAAACUCACUCGAUCAAGCCUAAUGGUCUUGUAAGCAGCGGUGGGAAAAGUACCCAAUUGUCAUACUUGAUUAAAAGUAAAGACACCUUCAUAGAAAAUGACUCAAGUAAAAGUCUAAAAGUAUUUGGUUUUAAAAAGUAAGAGUAUGAAUGAUUUCAAAUGACUUAAACCAGAUGGCACAAUAAUUUUUUUUUUAUUCAUCAGUAGCCAGGGGGAAACUCCAACACUGAGACAUAAUUUACAAAUGAAGCACUUGUGUUUAGUGAGUCCGCCGGAUCAGAGGCAGUAGGGAUGACCAGGGAUGUUCUCUUGAUAAGUGUGUGAAUUGGACCAUUUUCCUGUCCUGCUAAGCAUUCAACAUGUAACGAGUACUUUUGUGUGUCGGAAAAUGUAUGGAGUAAAAAGUACAUUAUUUUCUUAAGGAAUGUAGUGAUGUAAAAGUUGUCAAAAAUAUAAAUAGUAAAGUACAGAUAGUUCUUAAGUAGUACGUAAGUAUUUUUAAGUACUUUACACCACUGCUUGUAAGUAGCAAUACAUGACCUCGUAUGCGGUACAAAUCACAUUAUUGUGGGAGCACCUCUUAGAGAAUGAAUUAGGCUGUUUGAGAAGGUUUGCAUCCUAAGCAACCUGCCUCGACAUUGUUUCGAAGUACAAUAGACCAGCAUAUAGCUACUGUAGUAGGUCAAUUUAAGGAAUUUCCUUUUUCGGCUUUAGACCAAUCCCUACUUCACACUCAAAACAGUGUUUUGUUUUUAAUAGUCAGAGUUUGGGCCUAGUUGUCAGCCUAAUGUUCUCAGAGAGACUGUUGACAUGUACUAUGUAGUGGCUGCUUUGCUCUUCUUAUCCCAGAAACAUCCUAAAUGGUGUUAUCCACUGGUGAAUAUGUUCAGUUUUCCAAAUACAGAGUAAUCAUAUGUUCCCUGAUAAUGUUGAAGCACAUUUAUUUUCAUAACUGACUGAGAAAAUAAUAAUCUCAAGUAUAAGGGACCAAUAUGAAAUGGUCUACAGAAACAGUCUUACUAAUUCUACUGGACUACUUCUACUGAUGGAACAAUAGCCUGUUAUAUUCAGCAAAUGAUUCACUGUUGCGAUCAUUAGGAAUUCUCGACAAUUGCUGCAAUUGUAUUAAUUAGCGAAAACCAUCUUUUUUAAUCUGUGUAUAUAUUGUUAGCUGUAUAGUAGUCCUCCAGUGAGCGGUGUGUGCCCCACAGGACCAUGAUUACUAUGUGAUCACAUUAGCAUUGCUUUAGAUUAAGCAGACACGUGACAGGAUGCAUUUUUGGGCUGCUGAAUCUUCCUGAAGAUUUUUCUUUGAAAAGUGUGAAAAGAUUUUCUAAAUGAAGCCCUUUGUGUGUAUGUUCACUACACUCCCAUUGUCUUGGGUUUAAACAGUGAUUGCUUGUGAACAAAGCAGAUGCCAAUUGUUUUAGGGCCUUCAAACGAAAUAUCAGUGGACUUUUUUUAUUUCACCUUUAUUUAACCAGGUAGGCCAGUUGAGAACAAGUUAUGCUUGCUGCCAGUGAGUAAUUCAAUGCACCUUGUCAGGAAGUGUUUUAGCUACCAUUUUGUGUAUAGUUUUGCUUACGGGAGGGUGGUGUAAGUUGAGCCAUUUUUUACGUUCAGCAUCACUCCAAGAUAUAUAUAGUAUUCUUUCUAACAAAGAUAUCUACAUAUAUUUCAGGAUGUUGUGUAUCCCUGGAAUUAAUCAGAAUUAAUGUGAACUUUAGUUUUGAAAACAUAGUUUGUCUGGGGAAAAAAGUGGUCUCUUGGGACAAUAGGGUAAAUCAUAGGGUAAAUUGAGCCGCAGAAUAGGGUAAGUUAAGCUGCAUAGAAAUGUCUCUACUGAAUGAAAUAUUACCAAUACCUUUAAAAAAAAUGAUAUCUAUCUUUAUUUCCCGUACACAAUUGCUUUGUUUUCUUUUUAAUAAUUUAGCACAUUUUAACACAGGCUUAACUCCUAACAAACACUUUGUAUUUUAUAUAUAUAUAUUUAACAUUGGCCAGGCCCUGUUACCUCAUAUCCCAGCGAUAAUGCCUUGCAUUAUGUCUGGGAAGAAAACACUUCAAUUUGCUCAACUUGCCAUUGGCUCAACUUUUACCCCAAGGCAAACAUUUUGAUUAUAUUAGAACACACAGAUACAAUAAAGCUCUUUCAUGCUGAUGUAUAGAAUAAUCUGAAAGUUAUCUACUUUGUUUUAGAUACAAGCAUCAUGAAACCUCUGUAACAGAAAUUAAUUUGACUUGGUGAAAAGCUUUUAUUUUUUAUAUAUAUUUUUUUACUUAACUUUUUCCAUAUGGCUUCUUCCUUCAGACUCCAUGAAAUGAUGACCUCUUCCUAGAUAUUUGGUCAAAUUAUAACAUUUUGUGUAUGGUUUCCUGGAAACAAGGGUGGCUCAACUUACCCCACUCUCCCCUAUUUUUGUUUAAAUGUUUUCAUGCAGAUUUGUCUUUUCUCCCCCAGCAGUGCUAAUCAUACGCUCAUUGUCAUCUUUUCUAAUAGGAAUCCCACAUGAUUGUGAAUGUGUAAACUGGAGUAUAGUUGUUAUGAAGUACUGCAAAUGAGUUUGAGGAUUUAGCUAUGAGCUGGCAGACCUUUAUUCUGCAUGUUAUUUUCCAGAAUUUUAGAAUGAGCUAUUUUGUGUUGUUUUAAUGCAGGGGUUCUCAAACGUUUUUGCUUCGUGACCCACCAAUUGAGCUGUCUUUUGAGUCUCGACCCACCAUAAGGGUUGAGUGGUAAGAAAAACAUACACAUACCAAAGCAUAAAUACAAAAUAUGAUCUUGGCAGCGGACACACUAUUUUGCAGUUUCAAAGCAAUUCCACAUCCUGCCAUUGAGCUGAAAUAACAUUUUUGCAAUUUUAAAAACAAUUUCCUGCAAUUCUGUGGAUUUUGACAUGGGUGGUGUUCUUAUGCACAAACAAUAUCGGUGGGGGCCUGAUUGUCUAGUUUUUAUUUUAUUGAUUGUAAAUUCUCAAAGAUUAUAGGCUAUUAUUUUAAAAAAUUCUGCAUCCCAUCCCAGUUUGGGAACUACUGUUUUAAUGGAACAAUAUAUUUAUCUGUGUGCGUAAGAGUGAAAUUGGGUUUUCUUAAAUGUUUGGCACUGAGGAAAUAAAAUGCAAAAUGAAGUUGAAAAAAUGUAAAUAUCUUUUAGGCCUAUAUGUUUAUUCUUUGGAAUCGGACAACUCUAGGAACUCAUGUCUGGUGUACCCUUUACAUUCUAAGUGUGUUUAUACCAUACUUAAAGUACGUCCAUAAAUGCAGAUUACACCUACCCAAUUUUUUUUAUUGAAGUUGCCUUUAAUUGAAUUGCUGUGCAUAGGAAGUGGUUUGCUGAAUUCCUGUCCCCUUGAGUAAUCUUAGGACCAUCUUACUUUAAAACUGAGAAAUCAUGUCAGAAUAUAGACUAUAGUAGUUGAGUGCCUAUUAAUUACAUGUAGGGUGGAUGAAAGAUGUGCGUGAACAAUACAAGCACUUAACUUGAGAACGCAUGUACAAUGGGUCCGGAACACGAGAUACGCAACUUGAACUUUGCACUAUUCUCUAAUUGAUUUAAAAGGUCAUAUCUCAAGGUAGGUUUCAGCCUAUAGUGAUGAGGUUGUAGAGUAUACAAUGAUUUUUACAUGGUCAUAUGGCCUCAAACAAAUACAAAGGUAUCAGAUGAAUUGCACCUAAUGGUCUAUAUGCCGUGCAUUAUAUUAGCCAACGAGUUCAGUAUUGGAUAUCAGUAUAGGAUAAGAUUUGUAACGUUAACUAUCAGAAUUGUUCAUGUUUAUUAUUGUCACACUGACUUCAAUCAAUGCCGAAUAUACACUUUGGGUGAAUGACUGUGAACCUAUUUUGUUGCUGUAAAAAAACAGACUUAUGUCAACAUUUUAUUUUUGAUUUACAAAUAAAUCAGUUUGGAAAAACAA